AUGGGACGAAAGAAGAAGAAGGUAGAAAAGCCAUGGUGUUGGUAUUGCAAUCGCGAGUUCGAUGACGAGAAGAUUUUAAUACAACACCAAAAGGCGAAACAUUUCAAAUGUCACAUUUGCCAUAAGAAAUUGUUUAGUGGACCCGGGCUUUCCAUUCAUUGCAUGCAAGUGCAUAAAGAAACCAUAGACAAGAUUCCUGGAGGCCUUUCUGGAAGAGACAACGUUCACAUAGAAAUUUAUGGAAUGCAAGGUGUCCCACUUGGAGCUUCCCGAGGAGACGAGGAACCUGACGAUAAACGGGCUCGAAUGGGCGAUAUGGCAGCUCCUCCUCUCCCAUUCCCGCCAUUCCCAUUUCCGGGAUUGCCGCCAAUUCCCCCCGGAAUGCCUCCUUUCCCUCCCAUGCCGCCUGUUCCUCCAGGUAUGCCUCCCGGAAUGAUGCCGCCAGUACCACCAGUUCCUCAACGACCGAUGCCGCCUGGAUUUCCAGCCCCUCCGAGAGGGAUGCCGCCAAUACCUCCUGGAUACGGACCACCACCGCCAAUGGGUAGACCUCCCGGGUUCCCGCCAAUGCGGCCGAUGGGCGUACCGCCAGUAAUGCCAGAAUCAAACCGAGGGCGAUUCGACCAGGAGCCGGCAGAGAAUUAUGUUGGACGGGGGGCGAGAACGCCGCCAGAAGAGACCGGAAACGCACAAAGCUACGGUGGAGACUAUCAAGAUAAAAGUGGAUAUAGUGAUUACAACGACCAAUAUGGAAAUGGGGAUCGUUACAGGACAGAUUACGCGAAGCAAGACUAUGAGAAUGCUCAGAGCGUUAGUCAUCAGCAACAACAACCCCCCACGGUGCAGUCAGCAGCUUCGGUGGCAGCCAGCAAACUAGGAUCUCGAACUAGAAUAGUUCAUCCGGAUGAUCAUUCACUUUCAUUGGAAGAGCGCCGGGCAAAGCUCGUUGUCGAAAGUCGGUAUCAUUAA